CUUUGAAACCAGCUCAGCCAAUCACAGCCGGGCGACCGCGCAGCCUUAUUAGCAUACAGUCUGUUCAAAUAGACUCGCUGUCUCUGUCGGAGUCUCACUCUUGUCGGAGACUAGAACCCGGAAAGAUGCCCGAACCAGCCAAGUCCGCGCCCAAGAAGGGCUCCAAGAAAGCCGUGACCAAGACCGCCGGCAAAGGCGGCAAGAAGAGGAGAAAGAGCAGGAAGGAGAGCUACGCCAUCUACGUGUACAAGGUGCUGAAGCAGGUCCACCCCGACACCGGCAUCUCCUCCAAGGCCAUGAGCAUCAUGAACUCGUUCGUCAGCGACAUCUUCGAGCGCAUCGCCGGCGAGGCCUCCCGUCUGGCCCACUACAACAAGCGCUCCACCAUCACCUCCAGGGAGAUCCAGACCGCCGUCCGCCUGCUGCUGCCCGGGGAGCUGGCUAAGCACGCCGUGUCUGAGGGCACCAAGGCCGUCACCAAGUACACCAGCUCCAAGUAGACACUCCUCUACCGCCACCACAACAACACAAAGGCUCUUUUAAGAGCCACCCACUGCUACUCAAAGGGCACACUUCUUAUCAUGAUUCAUUAAUGACUACUUUUCAAUCUUCCCAUUUUUUGAACUGGUAUAUUAAGUUUCUACAAGUGAAGUUUACAUGCUUGAGAUUAUCUUCCUCAAACUGCAGAAACUAAUGUGCAAAUGUUGUUGCUUGUUAAAUAUGUUUAAUUUAAAACCAUAUGCUUUAAAUCUGCUGAACAAAAGUCUGAAAUCUUGAUUUGACUGUUUUACCACGGUCAUUAUUGUUCUAAUGCUUUAUAUUACAGAGAAAACGGGUGUUCACAGACAAGUUGAUCUUAGAUGGAACUUUGAUCAAAUCGCAAGUAAUCUUGAUUUCAUAUAUUCAAACUCUGUUUGUGUUCUGAUAAUUCUGCAUCAUUUGCCUCCAAAAUGUAAUUAGAAACAGAAUAUUUCCAAAACCUGGUGUAUUUGCUUAUUACUGUUCCUAAUAAGUUGGCUUCUGAUCAUAAAGACACCGAUAUUUAUAAAUCUAAAACAGACGUUUAUAAGUGAUGCUCAAUUCAUUAACUGCUUUACAAUUUAGUUGAUUCCAUUCAACGUCGUUGAUUCUACAGACGAAAAGAAAUUAAUGCAUUUACACAGAAAGUUCUUGUGUUUCUUUCAAGGUUUUCUUCUCGUCCAUUAAUCCUGAAACAAACAAGCUGCAGUCGACAGGAAGAUGAGUCUGAUUUAGUUUAUUUCAACUCUUCUGCAUAAUAUUAUCAACAGUUUAACAAACAGGAUUCAUUUGUUAAAAACACAGUGUAACAUUAACAGGACGAGGUUUCACAUGUGAAACACUUAAACCACUUUACACAGAGAAACUUUUGGCUUUUCAGACCAGUUUUGGCAGCAUUGUUCUGGGACGGAGGGAAACCAACGACUCCACGACUGGGUGGACAUGAACGUCAGGCUGAAUUCAAUCAAAAACAUGCAUCAAAAAAGAACUUACACUUUGUAGAAUCGCCUACAAACACAUGAUUUAUUUAUUUAUUCUUUUUUUUUUUUU